UUUAAAGAAGAAAAUUUGCCUUUACUUAUCAAAAAUCAAAGGUAAAAGAGAGCAGCAAUAUCAGGUGUAGAAUGAAAUGAGAAAACAGCAAUUUGGGAAUCGAAGUGCGAUUUAUAAUUUGUAAAAAUAUUUGAGGCCUUUUUGGCAGUAUGAGAAUAGUGGAAAGGGGUUGCGUACAAUUUGAUGAGAAAUUGCUUUCCUUGGCAUUGACAGAUAACUCCAUAUUAACUGGCGGAACCAAUAGAACGCUCUAUAAGCUUGAUAUGGAUCUACAGGAACGGCAGAUUCUAUGUCAGCAUGAAAAAUCGAUACGUUGCAUCUCAGCAAAAGACGAUUUGAUCGUCUGCGGUAGCUAUGACGGCAAUGCUACGGUCCUGUACCAGGACAAAAUUUUGGAUUUGAUAGAGGGACCGGAAACAGAGAUCAAAGGAGUUGAUAUACUGAGCGGCGAUAGGAAGGAUAAUUACAUAUCACUCAGCACGCGAGGAAAAACCGUUUGGGUAUGCAAACUGAACGAAAAGAUUGAGAUUGAUUCCAUACUUGAGGAUCACACCCAGGAUGUAAAAGGUGUUAAAUUCUUCGGCGGCUUGCUGUACACGUACGGGUACGAUCACACUGUCAGGAUAUAUCAGCGUUUUACGAUGUAUGACGAUUCAUGGGUUCUUUUACAAUCGCUGGAAGCACAAAAGGAGACCGUUUGGGACGUGGAGGUACUGGAAAAGCUCUUUAUAGCGAGUAACGAUGGCUGCAUUUACGUUUAUAAAAAAGAAAAGGAUUGGAUCUUUGAUUACUGCUGCAACGUUUCGAUCUAUCCCAUUUAUUCACUCUGUAGAGUUGGAAGCUUUCUGGCACUGGUGGUUGACAGCAAGUCAUUGGUAAUUGUUGAUGACACGUUACAGGUCAAGUGCUCAUUGGAGGAUGCCCAUCAAAAUGACAUAAAUUGUGUGAAAUACACCGGGUAUAACAAUACGCUUGCUACGUGUUCGGAUGACGGCUACUUGAAGGUUUACCAUGUUGAUUUUUCUGAAUAGAAUCGUGCGAUAGGCCUUGUUCUUACUUAAUCCGUGGUAAAUUGCGCGCUACGUUCACUAAAAGCAUAUUCAGUAAAAACGCUUGCACCA